AUGGACAAGCAACAGGGUUCCGAAAAGAUCGAUCCUCUUCCCAGCCACGAGGGCGACGUGCCAGAAAUCCUCAAGGAGUCCGAUUUGGAGCGUGAAGUGUUCCAGAUCACCGAAGAUGGCGUCGACUUUCGAACCGUCACUUGGCCACGCGCUGCCAUCGUUUUCCUGAAGAUUCUCUUCGCUACCGGCGUCCUGAGCAUUCCGGCAGCUAUGUACGAGAUCGGUGCCGUUGGCGGUGCUCUGGUUCUGCUCGGUUUCGGCAUGCUGAACUGCUAUGUCGGCAAGAUACAGGGCGAUUUCAGAAACAAGCACCCUAGUUGCCACUCCGUUGCUGACAUGGUCGGAAUCAUGGCCGGCCCUCUUGUGAAGGAGCUCAUCGGUGGGCUCUACAUCAUUGCAUGGGUCCUGUGUGCCGGCGCUGGCAUCAGUGGCACAAGCGUCGCGUUCAACGCACUCUCCGAGCACGGGGCCUGCACGGUCUGGUUCUCCUUCGUUUCGAUGAUCAUCGUCGCGAUGUCGGCCUCGGUGCGCACCUUCCAAAAUCUCGGCUGGGUCGGUUGGGCUGGUUUCAUCUCGAUCUAUGUAGCCGUUUUUAUCCUCGUCGUUGCCGUCACCCAAGUUGACCGCCCAGCUGCAGCCCCCCCGUCUGGACCGUACGACCUAGGAUACCGCGCGAUCGGCACGACCUCGUUUGCCGGCGGCAUGGUCGCCACCACCACGAUCUUCGUCUCCUCAGCCGGCACUUCAGCCUUCAUCCCCGUCAUCGCAGAGAUGCGCCGCCCCCAAGACUUCAACAAGGCCCUCUACGUGUGCAUGGCCUUCGUGACUGCCUCUUACAUUACUUUCGCAUCGGUCAUCUACGCUUGGUGCGGCAUCUGGAUCACGGCGCCGGCGUUGGGCUCGGCAGGCCCGACAAUCAAGAAAGUCUGCAACGGCAUCGGCCUAGUAGGGCUUAUCGUGUCGGGCGCCUUUUACAACCACGUCGCUGCCAAAUACCUCUUCGUGCGCCUCCUGCGCCGCUCCAGGCACCUACAGUCCAAUUCACUCGUGCACUGGACCACCUGGCUGAGCUGCGUGUUCGGGCUCGCCGCCCUCGCCUUCAUCCUUGCCGAGGCCAUACCCGUGUUCAACUACCUCGUCGCCCUCACGGGAAGCAUGUGCUUCGCGCCCCUCGCGCUUAUGGUCCCCGCGUGGAUCUGGAUGUACGAUCACUCGCACUACCGCCGUGGCAGCAUCGUGCAAAAGGCCUGGUACGCAGCGCACAUCCUGCUGAUGGUGUUUGGCGCCUUUGUAUGUGUCGGCGGCACCUACGCCACCAUAAAAAGUAUCAUCGAUGCAUAUAAGAAUCAUACCAUUGGUGGUGCAUUUUCGUGUGAGGACAAUUCGGGGACUGUGCUGAGCUGA